AUGUAUCCUUCUCAUUCCUCCUCUCCUUCUUCGUCGUCGUCGUCGCCACACCCCGACGAUUCAGAUGCAAAUUCAGAAGUAUCGGCUAAACGACGUGGCAGAUGGGAUGACAAGGUCAUGUUGGCUGGAAACGGGGCGACCGAAUGGGCUGGAACACGUGAGAUGAGGACGAGACAAGAAUCUUCAAUGUUACAAUUGAAAUGA